GCAGGUGGGAAGGGGUGGGGCCAGUGGGUAACUUGGCGGGGAAUGAGUGGGAAAAAGCCGAAGCAAUGCUGGGCCGGACAAGUUGAGGGACGAGAGCACAUGGUAAGGGAAGGACUUCCGUCCACUGGUGUGAGAGCUUCCACUAGUUCCUCCAGGAUCAUGUCCCGUGACCUUGCAACGGAGCGUGAUCGACUCCUCUGAAAAUCAAGCGACACCCUCACAGAAUGAUGCCUUUUCAGUCUCCCGGGCACUGUCUGGCCUUCUUCACCGGACUGCUUCUGCUCACUUGCUGGACGCCUUUGAGGGUCAGCUGCCAGAAUGAGACAGAGCCCAUCUUGUUAGAGGGCAAAUGUCUCGUGGUGUGCGACUCCAACCCUUCCGCCGAGCCGUCGGGUAACGCCCUGGGGAUGUCGGUGAGGUCUGGGACGGGCAGGGUGGCGUUCUCGGCCAUUCGCCACACCAACCACGAACCCUCGGAGAUGAGCAACCAAACCAUGACCAUCUACUUUGACCAGGUCUUGGUGAAUGUCGGCAGCCAUUUUGACCCGGCCAGGAGCCUCUUUGUGGCGCCUCGAAAAGGAGUCUACAGUUUCAGCUUUCACGUGGUGAAAGUUUACAACAGGCAGACGAUACAGGUUAGCUUAAUCGUCAAUGGACAGGCCGUGAUCUCGGCUUUCGCGGGCGACCAGGAUGUGACGAGGGAAGCCGCCACCAACGCCGGCCUGGUCGUCAUGGAAAGAGGUGACAAGGCGUACCUCAAACUAGAGCGGGGCAACCUGAUGGGAGGGUGGAAGUACUCCACUUUCUCUGGAUUUCUGGUCUUUCCUUUGUAAGGUUGCGAAAUCUCACACCAUAAAAAUGGAUGAAAAGAUAAAUUGCUCGUGCAUGCUAAAAGUGAUACUUUCUACUAGAGAUAAACUCACUGGUGAUAGGCUGCAAAUUAAAAAUAAAAAUGAGAACAAAGCUAAUGUUUACACGUGAGUGUGUUUGUCGUCCGCAUGCCGAAGCUACGGAAAGCGUCCGGUGGCAGAUGGAGGAUCAGCGGCAAAGCGAGGGUUCCUUUGCCAGAAACCCGCUGGGUUGAUUCUGCUCAUCUUAACAUUGGCUGCGUGUUAAAGCAACGUGACGUUUCAUUGCCAAAUAGCAUUGAACGAUAUCACUGACGGCAAGGAACGUUCGUUUAUUUGCCGCCAGCCUCCCCACUUCAAACUGUUCGGACGUCUACUUGCGAUGAAGUAAUACAAACAUUUUUAAUUAUGUUUUAAGAGCCACAUACGGUGGGGCAAAUGAGUAUUUAGUCAACCACCAAUUGUGCAAGUUCUGCUACUUGAAAAAAUUAGAGAGGCCUGUAGUUGUCAACAUGGGCAAACCUUAACCAAGAGAGACAGAAUGUGUGUGUGUGGGGGGGGGCAGAAAAUCAUAUUGUUUGAUUUUUAAAGAAUUUAUUUCCAAACUAGAGUGGAAAAUAAGUAUUUGGUCACCUACAAACAAGCAAGAUAUCUAAGAGGUCUAACUUCUUCUAAAGAGGUCUAACGAGGCUCCACUCGUUACCUGUAUUAAUGGCACCUGUUUUAACUCAUUAUCGGUAUAAAAGACACCUGUCCACAACAUCAAUCAGUCACACUCCAAACUCCACUAUGGCCAAGACCAAAUAGCUGUCGAAGGACACCAGAGACAAAAUUGUAGACCAGCACCAGGCUGGGAAGACUGAAUCUGCAAUAGGUAAAACGCUUAGUGUAAAGAAAUCAACUGUGGGGGCAAUUAUUAGAAAAUUGAAGACAUACAAGACCACUGAUAAUCUCUCUCGAUCUGCAAGAUCUCACCCCAUGGCGUCAAAAUGAUAACAAGAACGGUGAGCAAAAAUCCCAGAACCACACGUGGGGACCUACUGAAUGACAUACCGAGAGCUGGCACCACAGUAACAAAGGCUACUAUCAGUAACACAAUGCGCAACCUGUGACUCAAAUCCUGCUCUGCCAGACGUGUCCCCCUGCUGAAGCCAGUACACGUCCAGGCCCGUCUGCGGUUCGCUAGAGAGCAUUUGGAUGAUCCAGAAGAGGACUGGGAGAAUGUGUUAUGGUCAGAUGAAACCAAAAUAGA